AUGAUGGGGUUAAUCGGCGAUAUUAAAGUCCCCGCUGUUCACUAUACUUCCCAGGCUGGAGGGUCGACAAUCAUCUUUGACAGCGUGGAAAUACCUGGAUCACGGAUUGUGCACGGCAAUGUCUUCCCCCUUACUCUGGUGCUGACUAAGGAGGAUAGCAGCAACCCCACCGUCGACGAGGCUGCCACUGCGAUACGUGAUCUUUCUGAGCGUGGAAUCACUACCGAACUCCUUAACAAACACUGCGCGUUGCUGCUGCGCGGCCCGCGCGAUCGCUCUGCUAAUAUAUUCUCUUGUCUUAUUCAUACUGCCGAAGAGGGCCGCGGCCACGUCCCUUAUAAGUAG